AUGUACCAGAAGUCAAAACUCAUUAGAGAUCAGAUCCUUCAAAGUGCAGAGAAUCCAUAUGAAUGCAAUGAGCACAGAAAAGCCUUUCACCAACAAGUAUCGCUAAUUGGGCCACAGAGACUCAACACAAAAAAAUCUUAUGAAUGUAAGGAGUGUGGAAAAGAGUUUCCUCAUAAAUCAAGAUUAAUCAUACAUGAGAGGGUACACACAGGGGAGAAACCUUAUGAAUGUAGGGAGUGUGGAAAAGCUUUUUCUCGUAAGUCAAACAUGACCGCACAUCACAGAAUGCACACUGGGGGAAAACCUUAUGAAUGUAGUGAGUGUGGAAAAGCUUUUCUUCAAAAGUCAAGCAUGAUCAUACAUCAGAGAAUGCACACUGGGGAAAAACCUUAUGAAUGUAGUGAGUGUGGAAAAGAUUUUAUUCGUAAGUCAAACCUCAUUGUGCAUCAGAUAAUCCACACUGGGGUGAAACCUUAUGAAUGUAGUGAGUGUGGAAAAUCUUUUUCUCAGAAGUCAAGCAUUAGAUCACAUCAGAGGGUCCACACUGGGGUAAAGCCUUAUGAAUGUAGUGAGUGUGGGAAAGGCUUUCCUUGUAAGUCACACCUCAUUAGACAUCAGAGAAUCCAUACUGGGGAAAAACCUUAUGAAUGUAGUGAGUGUGGAAAAGAUUUUAUUCGUAAGUCAAACCUCAUUGUGCAUCAGAGAAUCCACACUGGGGUGAAACCUUAUGAAUGUAGUGAGUGUGGAAAAGCUUUUUCUCAGAAGUCAAGCAUGAUGAUACAUCAGAGAAUGCACACUGGGGAAAAACCUUAUGAAUGUAGUGAGUGUGGAAAAGAUUUUAUUCGUAAGUCAUACCUCGUUAGACAUCAGAGAGUCCACACAGAGGAAAAGCCUUAUGAAUGCGGUGAGUGUGGAAAAUCUUUUCUUCGUAAAUUAAACCUCAUUGUGCAUCAGAGAAUCCACACUGGGGAAAAGCCUUAUGAAUGUAGUGAGUGUGGAAAAGCUUUUUCUGAUAAGUCAAGCAUUAGAUCACAUGAGAGAAUACACACAGGUGAAAAACCUUAUGAAUGUAGUGAGUGUGGAAAAGCUUUUAUUCAUAAGUCAAACAUGAUCAUACAUCAGAGAAUCCACACUGGGGAAAAACCUUAUGAAUGUAGUGAGUGUGGAAAAGCUUUUUCUCAGAAGUCACACCUAAUCACACAUCAGAGGGUCCACACAGGGGAGAAACCUUAUCAUUGUAGUGUGUAUCUUCAAGCCUUUACUUACGAGACAGGUUUCAUUUGA